AUGGAUGACAAAAAAGGCGACCCAGAGAAUCCUACCUCGACAGUUCAUCACCUUGAAUCACCUACGUCUAAUGAAAAGCAAGAUCCAGAGGUUGCUCGAGACUGGACACGCGAUUUGACUGAGAGCAAGAAUGUCACAACAUCCACAAGGUUGAAAAAUCCACUCGCUGGCCUAACGCGUGAUGAGCUAUUUCGAGAUGUCGAGUCAUUUGCAAGGGACAAGGGUUUGGAGCAUAUCAUGGAUGAGCUGAAAAGAGGCUCCCUCGUAGCACAAGAUCCUAAGGGCUUCGAGUCCCUUGAUGAAUUAUCCGAAGGCGAUAAAGAACUGCUUCGACGUGAGAAGACACAUCGAUGGAGCCAGCCAUUCAUGAUGUACUUCAUGACCAUUCUCUGUGCUGGAUCAGCGGUUGUCCAGGGCAUGGACCAGACGGCAGUUAAUGGAGCACAAGAGUAA